GUACACACUGUGUCAUAGUUUCGUUGUACUAUUUCAGCGAAAAAUUCAUCAUCUCAAUAUCGGGCGUAUUUAUUUUGUUGUUGUUAUUUUCAUUCAACAAUAACGCAAAGCAAAGUAACGAACGAACCUCAAAUGCAGCAAUCAACACGCUAAGCAACAAAUCUCGUACAAAAAGGAAACAAUUUGCAAGCGGAGUGCACACAAUAUAAACUUGAGUAAAAGCUGCACAGCUGCCCGCCCACCCAUCACCACCCCCCCUCGUUAAGCAAGCAAUAGAGGAGAGCGACUGCUGCAACUGCUAAAAGAGGACGCCAUGGACAGCGUCACGCAAACGAUGACAACAACAACGGGCAGCAAUGCGCUGACAUCAUCCUUCACUACGAAGAAGAAGGAUGCCGCCGCCGACAAGGAGAAUCUCUGGUCAGCCAUAUUGAAUGAAGUACAAACACAAGGCAGCACAAAGUUACCAUCAAACAAAUCUGUACUAGUAUUAGGUGAUAAUGCCACUGGCAAGACGACACUCAUUGCCAAGCUGCAGGGCGUCGAGGAUCCCAAGAAGGGCUCCGGCCUCGAGUAUGCAUACAUUGAUGUCAAGGAUGAGUACAGAGACGAUAUGACGCGCCUAAGCGUUUGGGUUCUGGAUGGCGAUCCAGGACACACAAAUCUGCUGCACUAUGCGCUUAACGAAACGAACUAUGCACACACCCUCGUCAUAUUAACAGUCUCGAUGACACAGCCGUGGGGCUGGCUCGAGCAGCUCAAUCAAUGGAUCAAGGUGCUGGCCCAGCACAUUGAGAGCCUGCAAUUGGAUCCCAAAGAGAAGGAGGCGGCCCGUCAACGUUUGGCAACGACGUGGCAAAGCUAUUGCGAGGUCGGCGACGAUUUGGAUCCCGGCUCACCAGUGAAACGCACCAUGCACAACAAUUCUAUUGAUGAGGAUGAUCUGUUGCCGCUGACAGAGGACGCACUAAUUACAAAUCUGGGCCUCGACAUUGUUGUCGUUGUCACAAAGACGGACUACAUGACAACGCUUGAGAAGGAGUACGAGUAUCGAGAUGAACACUUUGAUUUCAUACAGCAAUGGAUACGGAACUUUUGCCUGCGGCACGGCACCUCGCUCUUUUACACCAGCGUCAAAGAGGAUAAAAACUGUGAUCUCCUUUACAAAUAUCUAACGCAUCGAAUUUAUGGUCUACCAUUCCGUACGCCAGCGCUAGUCGUUGAAAAGGAUGCGGUGCUCAUUCCGGCGGGUUGGGAUAGCCUCAAGAAAAUAAGUAUUCUAUAUGAGAACAUGCAUGCGGUCAAGGCCGAGAAUCAUUACACAGACAUAAUCAAAGCGCCGCCAACACGAAAGGCGGUUUCCAAUCGCGAGACAGAGGUGCAAACGGAGGACGAACAGGCGUUUUUGGCGCGCCAGCAGGAGAUACUCAAGCAAGGUGGCCAGGUGCGCGGUGAGUCGCCGUUGCGUUCUCAAGGCGCCAGCGCUGGCGGCAACAAGGCCGGACCACGUACGCCCGGCAGUGCCGGCCAGAGUUCACCCAAAAAGAUCGAUCCCAAGCUGACGCCUGCCACGCCGGGCGGUGAAGGUGUGCUGGCCAACUUCUUUAACUCGCUGCUACACAAAAAGUCCGGUGGACCAGCUGGCGGACCGGCAGGUGCAGCCAGUCCAGGCGGUGGCAUGGGCACGCCACGCACCUCCAAUGGCACCGAUGCUCUGAUGACGGCCGAGAAGUUGGCCGUGCGCUCAGAUGCCGCUGCCGAACUGGAUCGAUUGGCGCGUAGCGUUAAAAAGGAUAUCGAUCUGUCCCAAAGUGAGUGUUGAAUGUGUGUCUGCGCCACAACAGCAACUGCAACCACAACCACAACAACAACAAAUAUCUACAGUAACAACAGCAACACACUAAACAACUGCAACGUCUACACAAUGAUAUCAACGAGAUAAACAUCUGUUAAACAAACAAAAAAAAAACAAACAAUUGCUGCUGCCCAUUAAAUGAGCAA